GAAGUCAAAGUUGGCAAUUGGAAUUCGACCACGCUUUUCAUCGCGACUAUUCACGUAAAUCUCCCAUCCCCAACAAUUUCCGUCGUCGUUCCCGGCGUGCCCUUCCGAUAGACCGGAGGAAUUCAAAAACGUCGUCGUUUAUGAGGUGUGGACCACAUGCCAGGCGCAAAAAUGAGAAAGAAAUCUAAUUCUAGGAGAGUAAACUCCCUACCUCAACAACCUUCCAUGGCUUCUUCCCUCGCUUGUUCAUCUCGUUUUCUUCUCCAUUACAGAAAGAUCUCCGCCCUUGUAUUUUUUAUCCUAGUUGUUUGUUUGAUAGUUGUUUUGAACACUUCGUUGCGAAAGGAAGGCGUGUUUCGAUCAGAUGUUCCCUCGAAUCGACUUUACACAGUCGAAGUGGUCAAUGAGUUCCCUCACGAUCCCGAUGCAUUCACUCAGGGACUACUGUAUGCAGAAAAUGACACCCUAUUUGAGUCUACUGGGAUGAAUGGGGCUUCAUCUGUUCGGAAAGUCACUCUGCAGACUGGCAAGGUUAAGGCUAUUCAGAGAAUGCCGUACUCUGAUUUUGGGGAGGGCUUAACUCUUCUUGGUGAUAGGUUGAUUCAAGUAACUUGGCGGCAGAGUACUGGUUACAUAUAUGAUCGGCAUAAUCUCAGCAAAUUUGAGAAGUUUCGCCAUGAUAUGCCCGAUGGUUGGGGAUUGGCCACUGAUGGAAAAAUCCUUUAUGGGAGUGAUGGAUCUUCUACACUCUAUCAGAUUGACCCUCAAACUAUGAAAGUAGUUAAGAAACAAAUCGUAAAUUAUCAAGGUGAUGAAGUACACAGACUCAAUGAACUAGAGUAUGUUUAUGACGAAGUUUGGGCGAAUGUUUGGAUGGUAUGGACUUGUUCUCCCACUACUUCCUCUUUAGAACGAUUGAUUUCGUAUUAUACAUCACAAUUAUAUUUAUCCAACAUGAAUCUGAGAAAGGUAUUAGGGAGAAUCUUUUCUUACUACGAAUGAGAGCAUCUUGAGAUU